AUGGACGAAGCUUCUUUUGGAGUGUUGGUAGACCAAGAUGGGGCUGUAAUAGACUAUUGCAGAAUGGUUCACUUCACCAAACGUACAGGAGGGUACGGACCUCAAGCGCAGUUGAAGUCUGAGUCAAUGAACUUCUUCAAAAAGUUUGUGGAACGUCGUCGUCCACAUGUAAUCGCUCUGUGUGGAGAAAAUCUUGACGCCAUCCGUCUUCGAAGAGACGUGGAAGAGUGCUUGAACAGCAUGGUGGCAGAGAACGAACUCACUCGAGCUCCUCCUGUUUACAUAAUGGACAACGAAGCAGCGAAAGUUUACAUGUUGUCCAAAAGUGCUAUGUCUGAACAUUCCGGCUAUCCUCCAACUCUUCUGCAAGCGAUUUCACUUGCUCGAAUCAUGUUAGAUCCUUUGUGGGAGUACGCACAUCUAUGGAAUGCCGAUGAAGACGUAUUUUGCCUCGGCUUUCAUCCACUUCAGAAUGAAUUGACCAAGGGAGCAGGUUUCCAGCCUCACAUGAUCUUAUCUUCCCAGGAAGAUCUCAGCAAUGUGCUUGCUCGUGAACUCAUUAAUCGUGUCAAUGAAGUUGGAGUGGAUGUCAACAGGUGUCUCGAACAUCCGCAUACUGCGAAUAUACUCCAAUUUGUCUGUGGUCUUGGACCACGCAAAGCCACCCAUCUCCUUAAAAUGCUAAAACAACAUGACCAUUUGCUUGAAAGUCGAACAAAGCUCGUAACGCUAUGUCGCAUGGGACCAAAGGUUUUCAUGAACUGCGCAGGAUUUAUCAAGAUCGAUACAACUAGGGUUGCUGAGAAAACAGAUGCUUAUGUUGAAGUGCUGGACGGCUCUCGUGUUCACCCCGAAACGUAUGAAUGGGCAAGGAAGAUGGCUGUUGACGCUUUGGAGGUAGAUGAUUCGGCAGAUCCAACUACUGCUCUAGAAGAAAUCCUUCAAGCUCCAGAUCGUCUCAAGGACCUUGACUUGGAUGCUUUUGCUGAAGAGUUGAAGAGACAGGUGAAACUCUUCAUUGUACAACUAUGAUC